CUAAAUAAAACAGAAAACAUCGGGUGGCUAACAGGCUCCUGCUGCUGCUGGAGUGUACAGUGUCCUUCGCCUGCACAGUGAAUCACGUCUUGUAUAGUCGCUGUCUAUUUCGUUUGAUAAAUAUGUCUACUACCACCGGCGGCGGAGAGUUCGGCAAUCCUCUGCGAAAGUUCAAGCUCGUCUUUUUGGGCGAGCAGAGCGUUGGGAAGACUUCUCUGAUCACCAGGUUUAUGUAUGACAGCUUCGAUAACACCUACCAGGCAACGAUUGGUAUUGACUUUCUAUCAAAAACCAUGUAUCUAGAAGAUCGUACGGUUCGGCUGCAGCUGUGGGACACUGCAGGGCAGGAGCGCUUUCGUAGCCUCAUCCCCAGCUACAUCCGUGACUCCACUAUCGCUGUAGUGGUGUAUGACAUCACCAAUCUCAAUUCCUUCCAGCAAACCUCAAAAUGGAUAGAUGAUGUCAGGACAGAGAGAGGAAGUGAUGUCAUUAUCAUGUUGGUUGGCAACAAAACAGACUUGGCUGAUAAAAGACAGAUCACCACGGAGGAGGGCGAGCAGAGGGCUAAGGAACUGAAUGUCAUGUUCAUUGAAACCAGUGCAAAAACUGGCUACAAUGUCAAACAGCUUUUUAGACGUGUUGCUGCAGCCUUGCCUGGGAUGGAUAGCGCACCAGAGAAAAGCAAGGAGGACAUGAUUGAUAUCAAACUGGAGAAAUCUCCAGAACUGCCGGUGACUGAGAGCAGCUGCUCAUGCUAGUAACCGCUCCAGACUCACACCAGCUCGGCCUCCUCCCCACCAACAGCUUGUCUCUCAGUGGCCCUGCGCCAUUAGUCAGAGCCUUUUAUUUCCCCUUGACUCAGUGACUUUUCGGAGUAACCGUGUGGAUGUGCUAUUAUUCUGUAUUAAAACAGAUUAUCGAAAAAUAUAUAUGUUAAAGGAAAAACAGUAAAGAAAUUUAAGCAUAGGUUAUACCCACAUCGGAUUCGUAUCUAUCCUGACUGCAUGGCAUUGUGUACGAUUGCAGACUGACACGGCUCAAUUGCUCUUGCACUUUUUUUUGAGCAUCAGUGCCGUCACGCUCAUUAUUGUCAAUUUGUUUCAGAUUACCUAACUCACUCAUGUCGACCAAGAUCUUCAUCUCAUCACGCCUUGCUAUUUCAUUGUGGUCAACAGAAAGGCAAAGGCAAUCUAAAUAGCAUUGACUAUUGAUGAAAUUUAAACGUGUUACUAAUGAUUUAUUUUUAACAUAAUUCUAGUUUUGACAGUUGUUUUUCAUAAAACAGCAGAAGGGCCAGUUCUGCCAUGGAUAUUGAGGGACCUCUUCUAGCUCUAAGUCUCACACUAUGUUUAAAAAAAGAAAAAGGAAAAAAAAAGUACAAACAAAGUACAAAGAAAGUGAAUACAACAAAAAGAAUGAAUGUUAAUGAAUUUGGUGUUCUGGAUCAGUACAAUUAGAGUCUUUUGUUUCAGGGUAUAGGUGUUGGCCAAAGAAGACUAUUUAAAUAUGAUAAUUAUUAGACAUACCUCUGCAUUCUGGUCAGACUCUGACACACUUUAUUGGUAAAUUGCUUGGAAUUGAAAUGCUCCUACCUGGGUUGAAAUGCUGUGGAUGUGCAUUCAGACACUAUUCUAGAUACUUGGGUUCUUUACCAAACACCCUGUAUAACAAUUACCCAUUAACUCAAAUUAUGAAACCUAAUUAACUGUAAGCAAUGAAUACCUAGAUAAUGAGUACCUGAAUUGUUUCUUGUGAGUGAAUUGCACACUAGUGGGUGUACUGAAUUUUAGCAGCUGCAUCUGGUGCCUGUUCUCACUGCGCUUUUUUCGCCUUGUGUUCAGUAAACCAGUGCAGGACCAGCAUGCUAUCUGAGGGUGCUUUAAACAGGACAAAGCACCAAAUCACAAUUGUGGUUUGGAGAGACCUGCUGAUUUGCAUAAAGCUGCAGAGGUUUCUGUUGACUAUAUGGAGUUUUUCCCCUUAUGCACAGCUAUCGCUUAGUGUAGAGAAACGUCCUGAAGAGUUUGAUCAUGUGUUGCUAAUGCUCGUUUUGAGACUGUUGGUUUUAUAUGUUAAUUUAUUUAUCUCACUAAGAACAGAAAAUGUGUUGUGUGCUUGGUCUAAAUGGCAGUUAUUAAACACUUGGGAAACAGUCAGUUGAUUUAUGGCUUGCAUUUCUGCUUUGGUGACUGUAUCACAGAGACCUGGUCGUGUAGUUUUCUCUUCACUAUGCUCAUUCUCUCUCGGUUGUAUGCUCUGUGUGUAGUUUUAAGGAUCUAGCCAGACUGGAUCUCUAGAUGUGUACAUGCACUUAAAUGUACAUUCUUUGACAGCACCACUACACAGCAAGCUUGUUUUGAAAUAUUAGCAUUUGACAUUGUUUCGAUAUGUAAGUAUUUAGUUACAAGAAACAUCUCCUGAACAGCUGUACACUUAUUGUCACUGAUUGAAUACUCCGCUGUGUGCUAUUCUGAAGUGUUUGUCUAUUUGGAAUAUGCUGUCUUACUAGUGUUUAGCAAAAUUUAUGUGGAAAAAUUGCAUUAUCUGCUGUAAAAAAAAAAAAAAAUCAAUAAAACACUGAAGUGUAUCACAUGAAAUAAAGAUAUUUCACCAAGCGUUAA